GCUAGACAGGAAACGAGUAGCCAAACAUAUGUAUAUCCAACCAGAAAGAUCUGACAAGAUUUAUGUGCAAUGCAGAUAAUUUGCAGAAAUUCUUUGUAAUUAAUUAAUUACUAUCACCGUCUCUUCAUCUUCAUAUUUACAGUAAUGAAAAUCGAGUGAUUCUUUGGAACAAAUGAUCGUCUUCCCGUGAAAGUCUCUCAAUAAAUAAUGACCGACGUCGACAGUUUGCGAGCAGCUAUUGAGCAAUACGAAACGCAGCUGUCGCAAGUUCAAUUGGCAUUGGCAGGAAGCCCAGCAGGACCCGACAGAGAUAAUUUACAGAGUCUUCAGUCAGAUAUACAAGAAUUAAUAGCUCUGACCAAAGAGAGCCUACGGAGUGCCGAAGGAAAAGAAACUAGUGACAAUGAGGACGAUGGCUUGUCUGACGACAGCCAGGACGAUGAUGACGACGGUGAUGAUGACGAUCCGAUGGCAAAGGAGUAUGCCAUGUUCAAGGCGGAACUGAGAGAUGAGGAAUUGAAUAACACCCAUGAUAACGGAAAAUGUCAAACCCCAAAUAAUGACAAUAAUAUUGAUGAAGAACUCAAGGCACUCGAAGGUAUGAAAUGUAGAGCGCCCUUCGGAAGAAGUUGGGGCGGUACGGGUUAUCACAAUGCUAUGAUAUCUUCUGUCGAUAGAAACGAUGAAAAAACUGCUAUCAACAGUAUUCACGACAUCCAGGUGCGAGUAUUAUUCAUCAACCCAACUCAUAAGGAUAUGUUACCAUGCGCGUAUUAUUUAGAUGGAAAAUGCAAAUUCUCCGAUGAAAAGUGUCAUUACUCACAUGGGGAACAAGUAUCUUUUUCCAGUCUACAAGAGUACAGCGAGCCAGAUUAUUCUUCGAUCAAAAUGGGCAGUCGAGUUUUGGCAAAAGAAAAAAAUAAUAUAUGGCACAGAUCAGUCAUCUUAAAAAUCCCAUCAAAGGAUCACGAGCUUUACCGAGUCAAAUUCGAGGCCAGUGGAAAUAUAAUAGAGGUCACACUCGCUGAUCUUUUGCCUCUCGCUGACGAUCAACUGGACAUGUCAGACUCGUCUGACGAUGAUGAUGAUGGGGAUUUCACUAAAGAUUCUAACUCCUUGAAAGACAGAAUACAAGAGGAAAUAAUCCAUGAAUCUUUACUGAUAUUAAAGGAUAAUGAACCGUUGGGAAAAUGGGAAGAACACACACGUGGCAUUGGUAGCAAACUGAUGCUCCAAAUGGGAUACAUAUUAGGGACUGGUUUGGGAAAGAGGGCUGAGGGUAGAGUGGAACCUGUGGAAGCCACAGUAUUACCUCCGGGCAAAUCACUUGAUCAUUGCAUGGAGCUAAGGGAAAACGCCGGUGGUGAUAAAAACUUAUUCACUGUCGAGCGAAGAUUGUUGAGACAGAAAAAGAAGAUGGAUCAGCAAUGGGCAAAGAAGAAUAAGAAACCAAACGAAAGGAAUAUUUUUGAUUUUAUCAACAACUCCCUUUCAGAUAAACAAGUAGCAACGAGUCAGGCCACCAGCUCCAAAGCCAAGAAUCCAUUCAAAGGAGAAACAAAUCGAGGAUUGAAUGUUGCCAAUUUCCAGGUCGGAGAGAACAUUACGAAACUCGAGAAAGAGUCUUUAUUUCUCGUAAACUCACUGAGGAAACAUGCCAAAGGAAGUGUCCCUUACAAUAAUAUUGUUGUGCAGUAUAAUGACAAACAGGCGGAACUCACCAACUUGCGAUCCCAGCAGAAAAAUAUUCUUAGUGAGCAAAAUCACAGGAAGGAUAAGACGAAGUUAUCGGUGUUUUGAUGUUAUGUGUAGAAUGGAAAUUUACUCACGUGAAUUCUGUAUUUAUUCCCACUAUUGUGUAUUUUGAAUCUGAAAUUGAAUAAAUUUAUGGAAAGAGC